AUGCCCUCUGUCAAGUCUCUUAUCCUUGCCCUGCUCGUCUCUGGCGGCUUGGCGGCACCCCUCGUCAAGCGCCUCGACAGCCAGGACGAUGCUCUCAGCUCUGCCAUCUCUUCGCUCCAGUCUCGGGCCGAGGAGAUCGACGAGGAGACCCCUGGCCUCCAAGCCCGUCAAGUUAACCCCAACCAGCCGGCUCCCCCAGCUGCUGCCCCUCCCGCUACCACCGAUGAUGGUGAGUGGGAGUACUACGAGGUAGAAGCACGCGAUCUUAGUGCUGAGAACCUCGGUGAAGAGGAGGGCAACGUCCUCUCCGCGCGCGCCAACAACAAGGGCAACAGCAAACCUAAGCCGAACAAUAACAGCAAAGUUCCCCCUUCUCAGACUAGCCUCGGCAAGCAGAAGCAGAAGGAGAAGGCUGAGCUGAACGAUAUUAGAAAGGACCAAAAGGCGCAAAAGCAAAAGACGAAUUUCAGUGAAGAUAAAGAACGGAAGGAGAUUGCGGACGCCCGUGCGCGUCAAAAGGGCGCCAAAACCGCAUCAGCGAAGGAGGCCGCCAGACUCGACAAGAACAAGGAAAUUAAGGAGUUGAACGAUGCGAAAAAGAAGAACGCUGCAGAGAAGGCCGCGCUCCAGCGCCAGAAGGAUAAGGAGAACAAGGAGUUGGCCGAGAUCAAGAAGAAGGAGAAGCAGAAUGGGCGCUUCGUUGACACCCCUGAUUCGCACACGACUACUACCUACAAACCCAAGACGCCACCUCCCCAAUCUAACGGCAAGCCCUAUGAUCCCUACGUGAUUGGUUACAAGGACCCAGAUUACUACUACAACCGGAGACUCAAUGGCAGGUCGUCUUCUUCUGGCCGGUCGAAGUCUGACCAGUAUAUCAAAGAUCAGCAGAAGAACCGCGAUCGUGAAGAUGAACGCAUUCGGAAAGCUCAGUAUGACCGACAGAGAACUGAGGGCAAGUUGAAAGACCAGGAGUACGCCCGCCAACGUGAGGAGGAGCGCAUUCGCAAGGCUCAGUACGACAAGCAAAACUCUGACUCGGCAAAGCAACGUGCUAAGGAUGAUGAGCGCAUUCGCAAGGCUGAGUAUGACAGACAGCGCACUGAGGGAAAGCUCAAGGAUCAGGAGUACGCACGUCAGAGGGAGGAAGAAAGAAUUCGCGAUGGGCAGUAUGACAAGAAGAAGACCGAUCAGUUGAUCAGAGAGAAAGAACGACAGCGCGAGCGCGAGAGGCAGAGUGGUUAUGGUUACAACCACAAGCGCGCUGUCCAAUAA